UUAACUCUUUUUUCAAAUCCAAAAUAUUGAUAAAAAUGGGGAAUUCACUAGCAGGGAAAAGCACGACCAAGAUGAUGAAAAUAAACGGCGAAACAUUCAAGCUGAAAACUCCGGUGAAAGCUGAGGAUGUUAUAAAACAUCAUCCGGGACAUGUCAUGUUAGAGUCCGAAGCCGUUAAGCAUUUCGGCACUAGUGCGAAGCCAUUGGAGCCGCAUCAAAAGCUGGAGCCCAAGCGGAUUUAUUUCCUCGUCGCGUUGCCCGAAGCUCCGACCGAGAGAGUCCCGAGAAGGGUUCGGUCGGGUACUGUGAACAUGAGCGCGAAAGACAGGCUCGAGAGCCUGAUGUUGUCGAGGAGGUCUGUGUCGGAUCUGACGAUGAUGAAAGGAGAGAGCGUGGUGGCCGAGGAGGGCGGUGGAAGUGGGGCGACGGCGAUGAAGGUUAAAUUGAGAGUGCCUAGGGCUGAAGUGGAGAGGUUGAUGAAAGAGAGCGACAAUGAAGGUCAAGUGGCUGAGAAAAUCAUGCAGCUUUGCAUGGUUAAUGCUGGAAGGAACAGCCCACGUGAAGGUGGGCUUUGGACACGUAGCCAUGGGAGCACUGGAGAAGGUUUCAAGGCACGUGAGAAACGGGUGAGUUUCGUGGCAAUGAAUGGAGGAGGGACCCCACUAGCAGCGCCUUCCUAAGAGAAAUUUAAAAUUUAAAA